GUGGAUGGUCAUCACUUAACACUAACCCAGGUCAAUACAUUCAGGCCAUAUUCUACAACACUGUAGUGAUGAAAGGAGUGACCACUGUCGGUCGGUCAGAUGCAGAUGAAUGGGUGGUCACUUACAAACUCCAAUACCAGUACGAUCCCUACUCAGAGUGGGUAUGGUAUGAAGAGCCACCAGGAACUGUAAAGAUCUUCAAUGGUAACCAAGAUUCUGACACCCCUGUAACUAACAAAAUACAGUUUCCUAUAGAGGCUCGAGGCAUCAAACUUUUCCCUUUGUCCUGGCAUAAUGGCAUAUCCUUACGCUGGGAGAUUCUUGGCUGCAUACAAGAUUUCUGUGCUCCUGACUACAGUGUAAGUGGACCUUUAGUUGUCCCAGACAGAGCCAUCACUUCAUCAACUAUUUCUGACUCCGCCCACUCAGCUACAGCAGGCAGACUCCAUCCAAUCACAAUGAGUGGGACACCGUCCUGCUGGCGUGCCCAGUUUUCAGACAGUAACCUUCAGUGGCUGCAGGUUGACCUUGGGAGAACAAAGAUCAUCCGAGGGAUCACCACUGCUGGUAACCCUGAUGCUCAGGAGUGGGUGACCUCAUUCAAGGUCCUGUACAAUAUCAAUGGUCCCAACUAUAACUACAACUAUUACUCCGAGCCGUAUGGACGGGUCAAGGCUCUACCCGGUAACACAAACAACAAUGAGACAGUGACCUACUUUUUUAAGGGUCACUUUACAGCUCGGUUCAUAAAAGUUGAACCACUUACAUUUCACACUUGGAUAUCCCUAAGGAUAGAUAUUCUAGUUUGCGCUAUUGGCUGCAGUGGAGUGCCUUUGAUCAAUGGUAACAACAAGAUUGGCGAUGAUAAACUAACAGCUUCUUCCAAAAUUGACCCUGAGCAUGGUCCAUUUCGUAGUCGUCUUGGUGUACCUGCCAUGGGCAGAUAUGGAGGGGCAUGGACUGCAAAAUUCAAUGAUGCUCAUCAGUACAUCCAGGCUGACCUUGGUGAUCUGAUCCAAGUGGUCAGCUUUGCAACUCAAGGUCGUCAGGAUCAGGCGGAGUGGGUGACAGCCUAUAACAUUAGCUACUCACAAGAUGGCAGCAAUUGGUUUGCCUAUGAUGCUUACACAGGACAUGCAGUGACAUUUGUAAGUAACUGGGACCAGUAUUCAGUGAGGAAGCAUGACCUAACCUACCCUAUAAUGGCUCGCCUUGUCCGGCUGUGGCCCGUGUCGUACCACAUUCGUAUUUCUCUGCGUUGGGAGAUCUAUGGCUGUCCAGGUGCUGACUCCGGAAUAAAUAUUGGUUGCUAUGCCGAUGACCCAUUGCAUCGUGACCUGACCUAUGAACCCUUCACUGACCCAACUGUGGGAAUGUGGCCCCCAAUGUGUAUUCACCACUGCUUCAACAAAGGCUACUACUACGCAGGUCUACAGAACCAAUACAAGUGUUUUUGUGGUAACUCCUAUGGGCGGUAUGGUCCUGCAACUGACUGUAACCUGGCCUGUUUCCCUCAAACAUCCUACCAUUGUGGAGGCCCAACUUCCAAUGUCAUCUAUUCUACUGGUCUGACUCCAGACUUUAAGGUGUGUCCACCUCAAUGGACUGGUUAUGAAGACAUGUGCUACUUUCUAAUGCUGGAUCUACAAACAUGGAGUGAAGCUCAGCGCCAGUGUAAAGUGAUGGGUGGUGACCUAGCAACCAUCAACAGUCAAGCAAUUCAGGACCUUCUGUUUAGUCUCCUCAAUCAGAACCAUAGCCAGGACAUAUGGAUAGGCUUGACUGACCUUGUGGAAGAGGCUUUAUUUGAAUGGUCAUCUGGGGAUCCUGUCAAGUAUACCAACUGGAAUUUAAAUCAGCCACGCAGUCCAGUUAAUAUGGAUGAGGACUGUGUCAGCAUGUCUAACGGGACAGGGGGCUGGCAGGACGAAGACUGUUCCUCCCACAAACAGUAUAUGUGUAUGUCGGCAAAACACGGUACUAAUAAACCAACCACAACUCAGCCUGUCGUCGGGUGUGCUUCGGGCUGGAAGGCCUACCGUUGGUCCUGUUACCUGGUAGUAGACAUGCCAAGAGUUUUCGUGGAUGCAAACAAAGUCUGUCGAGACCGUUCAGCUACUAUCGUCAGGAUUGAGGACAGAUAUGAACAGUCGUAUCUGUCGAGUAUUCUGGCUGGUAAAACUGGUCAAUAUUGGACAGAUGUCACAGAUACUGUCAACCCAGGCACAUACAGGUACUCAGAAGAUGGUUCAGCACUUCUCUACACCAACUGGGGCCCCAACAGACCAACAAGUAAUAGUCGCUGUGUAGCCCUGCAAGCAGGUGACGGCAACAACGGGCUAUGGUUCGAUGUCCUAUGUAACACAACAUCUAAGGUUAUUUGUGAGCAGACGAGACGGGGCUACACUACGCCCACACGACCUCCUACAACCACAGGAUUCAUCCCUUGUCCCAUGGGAUGGUGGACCAAUUCUAAGGACCCCAGCAGCUGCUUCCAGGUCAACAUCCAACAACGAAAUAAGAGGCUGAUUUACACUGAUGCUGAGGCAGAUUGCAGAUCACAGGGAGCAACAAUGGCCGUGUUCCAUAACAGUGCCGCCUAUGAUGCCCUGUGGAGGAACAGAAUGAUCGGAACAAACAAUGGAAACUUCUGGAUUGGACUAAAGUAUUCACACUCCAGCCAUGGAGGUAGAGUGUUUCAGUGGGCAGACAAUACAAGACUUGACUUUGUUAACUGGAGUCCAGGCGAGCCUAAUAACUUCCACAAUGCUGAGAACUGUGUGGAGGUUAUUUACUCGUCAGGGAAAUGGAAUGAUGCUCCCUGUGGAAUCUCAAAGAACUGGAUCUGUUCUAUCCCAAGAGGGACUACACCUCGACCUAGAACAACAUUGCCUACCCCUCCAGCUCCUCUUCUCAACUGCCCAGUUCAGGGGUAUGUACGAUUCCCCACAAACAACCAUUGUUACCUGAUCCAAGCAGCAUCAGGAAACAAUGCUAAAACAUGGCGUGAGGCUCGCUCUGUGUGUACAACUAAUGGUGGGGACCUGGUCAGUAUUGGCGGUAUCCGAGAGCAACGUUUCCUGGAGUUUCAAAUUGCUAAUGUAUCUCAAAAUGUGAUGUGGAUUGGUUUCAAUGAAAUUGAUUCCCCAUAUGGUUACCACUGGUCUGAUGGAACUGUACCAUCGUUUAUCAACUGGAAUAAUAACGAACCUAAUGACUUUGGUGGGGCAGAGGACUGCGGCCAAAUACUUGUUGGAAACGGGAAAUGGAUUGACAACCACUGUGCAAAAAAGGCAGGCUUUAUAUGUGAAAAUGGCCUUGUGUCCCACAAUCUCACCACCCCGGCACCUGUCAUCCAUGGUUACUGUCCCUCAGGAUUCAGUCCCUAUGGCAAUAAGUGUUUCCGAGUUUUCACUGACCUCCUUAACUGGCAAAAUGCCAGUAAAUUUUGCAAAGGCCUUGGAGGGGCAAGGAAGGGAUACAAUCUGGCUAGCAUUGCAAACAAAUUCGAAAAUGCUUUUGUGACAACAUUACUUGGAAACCGUGGUGGAAUAAACCCUUGGAUUGGUCUACAGUUCUUGGGGGGUCAGACUUAUUGGAUUGACAACACUGACUUGACCUACUCAAACUGGGAUAGAGGAGAACCAAAUGGGCAAAGGCGAUCGACAAGGUGUACACGUAUAUAUGGUCGCCAACAUAAUGCUGGUCUCUGGGAUGAUUACAGCUGUAACGCAAGCAAUCCCUUCAUCUGUGAAACAAAAAAAUCGCCCAGCAUAACGACACCGGAACCUCUACCUAACAGCUGCCUGAUUCACCCGGGCUUUAAACCCUUUAUGUCUGACUGCUUCAUGUACGUUCCAACCAAGAUGACUUGGACUAAUGCCAAUGCAUUCUGCCAGAGCAAGGGAAGCAGUGUCUUCCUCACCACCAUUAGCAACUGGUUUGAAGAGGAUUACCUCUUCCUGCUCAUCAAUGACCCAACAAUUACGACUAAGUCGGGUGUCUGGAUCGGGCUUCACAGUGCUCAGGGUAAUGGAACUUACAGUUGGAUAGACAGCAAGUGGCCAGUAUUGUACACCAACUGGGCUCGUUCACAGCCUGUAGUGACCUCAAGAGGUCAGCAGUGUGUCUCCUCCAAUCUUGAUGGGGGUUGGGUCGUUAUGCCAUGUACCUUCCAACUUCCAUUUGUCUGCAAACUUAGUACAGCCAAUCCACCUGUGACACCCCCACCUCCCAAUGCUCAGUGUCCAGACUCGAACUGGGUUCCCGAGGUGAAUGGAACACGAUGUUACCUGUUUAUGUUGAUGGACACUAAAACAUUCCUUGACGCUACACUGACGUGCAGUAGAUAUCAAGCCACUCUCGUCUCCAUCAGUGGUAUCAGGGAAAACAUCAAACUGACGACUGCUGUUAGCAGUAUCACCACACAGGUUGAUUCUUUCUGGAUUGGUCUCCACAAGUAUGGCUCAUCGGGAUACCAGUGGGCAGACAAUUCUCCUGUGCCUUUUGUUUACUGGGAACAUGGGGAGCCAUCUGGCCAAGAUGGACGGGGAAAUGCUGAGGACUGCGUUGUCAUGCAAGCUUGGAAUGGCAAAUGGGAUGAUCUUGAUUGUGGACUGAAACGUGGAUACGUCUGUCAGAAAAACAAAGUUGCAGACCACAACAUUUUCACCAUUCCAGGCGGAGCCCCCAACACAUCCCUAGCUAGUCCAACUAGAGCACCAACACCCAGCCCACAAGUUCACAUCACAUCCAAAGUCACUAGUCCACAAGGUCACAGUACACCAAAGGUCAUCUUGCCUAGCUCCACCUCACCAAACCAUAUGGCCUCUCAUUCAGGGCCAGGUAUGACCAAUCCAACUCGACCCAGGAUCACACCAGUGCCAACGGGCACUGCCAUCUAUGGGCCAGGAGUAACACAGAAACAGGGUUCGUCUGGCAGCAGCGGUGGCGUGGGAGGAGGAGGUAUAGCAGGAAUUGUGAUUGGCUGUUUGGUCAUCGUCAUCCUUGUAGGUCUUGGUGUAGUGUUAUGGCGACGAAGACAGCCAGUUGUCAAGGAGAAUGGCCUGGGAUUUGAUAACUCAGUAUAUGAGUAUGACUCUAAACAACAGCAGGGAGAGUUCACAAACUCAAACACUGCUAAUAAUGAGGACUGUUGA